CACGAAACUGCAUGACGGACCACAGUCUCACAACGACUCACACUCGCGCGGACGCGACACCGAACAUAAAUAACCUCUUUAUUUAAUCUGUGCACUGUCGAUAGCCUAUUUUUUUUCUAUUGACUUUGUAACGAGCUGUCAGAUUGUAAUUUUCCCGCGUAAUUGAAUGAGGUUAUAAUUUUUUUUUUGUGUUUGUAAACAAUCCGAGUUUUAUUAAUGUAUUUUUAAGUGGUUUUCUAAGCGGAAGUUAGUGAGAAAUCAUACGGUUUAUAGUGUGUUCGUUUGUGAUUAUAAAGUGAUUAUUGUGUAUUUUUUUUUGCUUUUAAAAGUGUUCCCGCGUCAUGUGUUCAAAUUUUGAAUUCUGAAGUUCGAUCGCCACCAGUCGUUAGGACAACGUCGGGCCAGGCGGACAUGACAACAUAACGCCGCCAUGUUUAAUUUCUUUAAGAGGAAAGGCGGGAAACCCGAGGCCGCGCCGGCUACGCCCGACGACGCCCGAAAACUCCCGAACCCCGACCAUACGAAAUUAACAUCAGUUACGACGCGCGCGCAACGAAACGAAGAGCCAAACGAAAAAUUCAACACAAUACGUAAAGAUGUAGUGAAUCUAUUGUUACCCGAGACUGAUUAUAAUAACCAGAAGUCUGGCGUCGGUGCUAUCCUGCAGAUUAUGGCUGGGAAAAGAAAGAAGGGGAAGCGAAGAAAUGUGCGCACUGAAUCGUGUAGGAUCAGCCCCUUGAAAGAGACGAACAUAUUGCAAAGGAGUAAUUCUGAUCGGAAGGCGAGUGACGUACCCGUUCCCACACAAGCCAAAAAUACACCAGACGAUGCGGACUUUGUUAAAGCUUUGGUACUGCAGAAAUAUUCUAAGAGCAACGAUAAUAAGGAACACGUGUCGCUUGUGUACGUGAACGAUCCUGAUUUGGAUGAAAAAAAACAUGCGAGGCAUUACUUCGUGAGAUCGCGCGCACUAUAGACUGUACGGUAGACAAGUUAAAUGAGACCAAACAGAUGGGUGCGACAGAUAGCAAAAUAAAGAGCGAACCUCUUUACGAGAGCAUUGACGAACGAAAUUUGAAUUAUAGAAAUGAAUUAAAAGAUGAAUUGGACAAAUUGUUGGAUGCGGACAAUGAGAACAAAGAAGCUGUUAACACUGAAGUUGAAUCGCCUGGAAUUUCGAAGAAGUCCAACUUAAAGCCUCCUAGGUCUGAUACGGAAGGCUGUUCAGACGACGACAGGUCGGACUGUGGGAAAAAAGAGUCACAUUCAGAAAACACAUAGUCUUCGAUGAUGGUGAGCAACAAACUGACGAAGAAGUCGGUUCCUCCUUCGAGUCCCUCUCUUCUGAAGAUGAGGAAUUUCUAGAAGACGCUGACGACAUUAUUUUCGCUGAUAACACUACUGUUAUCAAUGUAAAUGGUAGUCAAAAUGAUAAUGAAAAAGUGACUAUAAAAAUCGAGAGUCCAGACUCGUUGAAAAGGAUUUCCAGUGACAAUAGUGAUAGUGGGUUUAUAGAAAUAGGUGAUAAAAGUGAGGUUACAGACAAAUGUGAGAGCAGUGAGAGUGAGAGUGAAGGAGAAGUGAGUGGAAGUGAGAGUGAGACUGAGGAGGAGAUUAUAGAAGAAAUUAUUGAAGAGAUUGAAGAAAUUAGUAUUUGUGAGCCUUUUGAAGUUGAUCAUGGGAGCCAUCCGGAUGAGCCGAAAACUUUAGUAUCCCAGGACUCAAAAUUCCAGUCGCAGGUUGCCUCUCUGACAGACUUAGAAGACACAAGAUGUUCUGAAGCAGAAAAAACGAGGGAACUGAUUGCUGCGUAUAGAAAAGAAAUCGAAGAAAAGGAGCAGGAAAUACAACAAUUAAAAUGCGAGCUCGCAGCGGCAUACAAGGAGUCCGAACUGGUCCGGCAGAGGAGCAGAUCAUUGGAAGAGGAGCUGACGGCAGCCAGGACCUGCUCCUCAAACCUCGCUGACCAAUUGCACAGGCGGAAUGAUGAAUCACUACGCCAGAUUCGUGCAGAAUUAGAAGAUGUGCUCGGACAGCGAGCAGAGCUUGAGUCCAGAGUGCUGGCGCUCGAGCGAGACAAGGAACGGCUCGAGCAGGAGAAGAUACUGCAAGAGCAGAAGGCUCAGGAGGCAUUAUCAGCGGCAGAAGCAUGCACGACCAAAUGGCGCGCUGCCCACGAGGCGGCUCGGUCGCAGGCGGCCGCGCGAGCUGAGCGCAUGCUGGCAGACUGCGAGUGGAAGAUGAGGGAAUUGGAGAAACGGGCGCGAGACGCUGAGAAACAUAAUAAAGAGCUAACAGCCACAGUAGACCAGCUCAAAUCGGACCCUAAACCAUCACCAGCUCAAGUAGCCGAACUCCAACAGCUUCGAGGACUGGUCACUGAACAGCAGCGCUCAGUGCAAUCUCUAACUUUGCAACUCCAAAGAGUAGACACGAGAGAAGAGGCUCUUAAGCUAGAAGUCCAUAGACUGAAGGAGUUACUAGAGAGGGAGACGUGUAGUGGAAAGGAGAAGGAUGAGAGAUAUCGUAAGGAAAUACAACACCUCAAAGAUGAGCACUCGAAAUCUCUAGAAACUCUACGAUCAGAUCUCCAAUCUGCGGCAGCUAGUUCGAGAGCAGCGCUUGAAAGGAGUCAUGCUGAGCGUACCCGUGCAGCGCUCGCCCAGUUACGUGCUGAGGCACAACAAGAUGCCAGGAAUGCUGAUAGAAAGCUCCGAGAGGUUACUGCAAGGCUUCGACGAUAUUCGAGCGAGGCUUACCGCUCGGGAGCGAGCGGCCGAGCAGGAGUCCAAAGCCAAGGAUAAGGAGCUCCACCAACUGAGGGGCGAAGUCGCCAGACUCACCAAGCUGCUAUUCGAACAAAACACUCCAAAAUUAGGCGCACGAACAAGAGCUGAUGGUUGCGAGACUGCGCCCCCCGAGGAGACGGCAGCGGAGCCCCGGCGCAAGGGUGGGACUCUUCGAACACCCGAACCAAUCCGGAAGAACUCGAUGCUAUCCGAUUUCAGCCGAGCUCGUCUAACUCCCGUAGAAAUUCAAGGAGGUCGUCCGCGGGCCAAAAGCGUGGAUCUACCGGCAGUGCAAGUGCCAGUUAGGAUAAAGCAAUUGGAAGAGAGGAAUAAAGAAUAAAGUAAUUAGUUUUUUAUUGUACAUUGGCGAUUUGAGACCUUAUUUUUUGCUUGUUGAAGUGUGAUUUGGAAUUGAAAUCUUUCGAUUUAGGAGUAUUUUCUUAGGUACAAAAUUAAAACUGCGUCGGAAGCUGUGACUUAGAUUCUCGCAGUCCUAAUUAAAGUUACUAUUUUCUUCGUCAUCAUAUCAUAUCAUCAGCCAUAAGACACCCACUGCCUCACAUACUCCUCCACAUUGGCUGAUCACCACAUCAAUCGGUUGUAAGCGUCCUUCAUCCAGCGACUUCAUGCGAGUAUUGUUAUACACAAAACUAACAAUCUUCUAUAUAUUAAAUUUAAACGAUAAUGUGCCAUUUUGACUCAACCCUUAAGCUCAUUAUCAUGCCCCCUAAUUCAAUAGUGACUCGACAUCUCAGCCAAUGUAUUAUUAAAAACUAUUUAGUUCUAUAAAAUGAUUCUCAAUUUAGUAACUUAGUAGUCAGUCGUUUUUUAAACUUAUUAAUUUCAUGAUAAUCUAAGUAUAAGUACAGAAGAUAGAGCUUCUUCCCUUGAUUCGAAAUAGAAGAGUUUCUAUCUCUGGCACCGGUCACUGAAGACUUUGAGAUCAACAUUUCUAGUAAAAAUAUAAAAAGCUUGGAUUAAAAUGAUUUUUCUUAUUGAGCAUAAUGGAAAAAAAUCUGAAAUUCAGGUUAGCCGACUGACUAAAAAAGUUAAAUUCUCUAAUACUUUAUACUCUUUUGCUUAUUCGCCUUUAAUACCGAAGAGAAAGGGUAUCAAACGUAUACUAUUAAAUAAUAUAAGUGCAAUAAUAAUAAUAUUUAAUAGAUAUUUUAAUAAUACUCAUUAUUAUUAUUUAAUGUAAAAUAACAUCUGCAAAGAAUAUUAUAUUGAUGUCUUACUAAAAAAAAGUAUUUAAUGAAAUGCAAAAUUUUAAAUUUGCCAUGUAUUUUGUUUUUUUUUUCAAAUUUAUUGCGCUACUCGAUAAAACCUUUAUCAUUCGUCUCGUUUUGGGUAAAUAAUGAUCAUCAAAAAUGCAUCAUUUUUAAAAUUAAAUUCCGUUAAGUCAUUUUCCGCCACAUUGUCCUAUAAGAAAUUACCUUAAAAUGAUAAUUAAUAAGGUACUCCUCUCUAAACCACUAUUAUUUUUGAGUUAUUAAAUGAAAACGAAAUCUACUCAAAAUAAAUUAAGGUCCAAUACUUAAGGUCUGUUUCAUAAUAUCUAUAAUAGGUCUCAAUUAACUAAAGUGAAAUAUUUUUCUUAUGAAAAA